AUGCCGAGAGCUCCGACCAGACCCGGUCUAAUCGGAUUUCUUAACCGGAUCAUCGGCCGCCCUACGCCGGUCAUCUACCACCGGCGCCGGUACUUGCAAACCCUAGCUUUUGAAGAGAUCAAAUCGUCACCAGAAAAGCCCCACGAGUUCACGGCGUUCGUACUCCACGGCCUCCUCGGCUCCGGCCGGAACUGGCGUUCCUUCUCUCGGUCCCUUGCCUCCUACCUCGCCCCCGCCCGUGCGUAUAUGUAUCUACCAUGGCCUCCGUUAUAUGCAGAGUGGAGGAUGAUUCUUGUCGACUUGAGGAAUCAUGGGAAGUCAGCUGAAAUAGAAGGUUUUUUGCCCCCUCAUGAUAUUGAAAAUGCUGCGAAAGAUCUGUCGGAUUUGGUGAAAUCCGAAGGUUGGGAUUGGCCGGAUGUUGUUAUUGGACACUCUAUGGGCGGAAAGGUAGCUCUGCAAUUUGCCCAAAGUUGUGCCCAAGGGCACUAUGGAGAUAAUGUUAGCUUGCCCAAAAAGGUGAUCGUCCUUCCACUAUGGGUGCUGGACUCGGUCCCUGGGAAAGUGAUCCAAGAUAAUAGUGACGGUGAAGUGGAAAAAGUUUUGAAGACAUUGCAGAGUCUGCCUUCAACUAUACCAUCGAGGAAGUGGCUGGUAGAUCACAUGCUGAAGCUUGGGUUCUCGAAGUCUCUAUCAGAAUGGAUAGGUAGCAACCUCAAGAAAUCGGGAGAACACGUGACAUGGGCUUUCAAUCUUGAUGGGGCUGUUCAGAUGUUCAAUUCUUACAGAGAGAUGGACUAUUGGCCACUGCUGGAGCACACGCCAAAAGGCAUGGAAAUUUCCAUUGUGCGUGCCGAAAAAAGCGAUAGAUGGGACCCAGAUUGUAUAAGAAAGCUUGAACACAUUUCUUCUAAGCGUGCAGGUGAUAAUGAGGGGAAGGUCUCGGUUCACGUGCUGCCUAAUGCAGGGCACUGGGUGCAUGUGGACAAUCCCAAAGGGCUCCUUGAGAUUGUGGCUCCAAAUGUUGCUUCUGUUGUUUAGAUGCGGUUCUUCUGCAAUUUGUUUCACGGCUUUGGAUUUUCGAUAGAGGUAAUUGGAUUACAGCUCUUUGUGGAUUUAUGCUCGCUUUGAAGUGCUAAAUAAUUGUGAAUUUAGAGUGACUUCUAAAUACCAUCAAUCAUUUAACAAACAUAUGGAUAUGAUUGUUGUGCCGAACUCCGCCUUUUUUAUGCAUUAAUCGUUUUCGAACAUUCUACUUGUCCUUUUUUGUUAAGAAGCAUUAAUCGCAUUAAUCUCAUUUUACCCCUAGUUUUGGAUAAAUUAUUUCUUGUUAAGGAUUAGUUGUGCAUUCAUCGUCAUAAGACUUGAGAUUCAAAACUUCUCUAUUUUAAUGUUGUAUUUAGUAUUCACUACUGUGAGCUUCUUCAGUUCUUUGGUGAGUUGGCUUAUAACUUAUUAGUUAGUCUGUAAGAUUUUUGUAGAUAUAUAAGUUCGGUUUAUUGUGUUGAGAUAUUCCAAAAAGUUUGAACUGAAGUCUUCAUUUUAUUUGUUUAUUCGACUUAAUUGAUUAAUUUUACCAAAUACUGUUAUUAUAUUACCUAUUUUAUU